AUGUUCUUCUCCGUCACCUCCGCGCAUCGCAUGACAUCGCAGCCGGGAACGCAGGCACGAGCCAAAAAUCUUACUCGGGAUAUCCAUCAGACGAAUGUGGCACGUGAUAUAGAGCAAGACGCAGGUUGUGACAAUCUUCAUUUUCAGCAAUACGACGAGCCCCUAUCGAAGGAUUACAGAAAUUAUACCAUUCAAGCAUCGCCAACUGCGGGCUUUGCUGAAUUUGAUCAGAGAUUCGACCCCAUCAUUAUCGAGGACGGCUGCAGCCCAGCCUUUGACCAUGGGAACACACCAAGCGAUGGGAAUGCGACAGUUUACUCUCAGUCUCUAGAUGCUACACUGCCUUUUGAUUUCAGAGGUAGCGGGUUUGACUGGCUUGAUUUCGACAUAUCCAACAUUCACCUCCCCAUCGACAGCCAGCCGUCUAUGGAAGAAAACGUACCUCCGCCAGCGAGCGUGUAUGGUGUUCUACCCUCGACCAACCCAAUGCCUCCUCUUCCAGCUUUACCUAAAAGGCAGAAUGUUCUACCAUGGCCAUUUGAACAAGGAAAAGAAUCGCAACCCCCGCGAUUCCCACUACCAAGAUUACAUGAUGUACUGAGGGAAUCAACGCAACUUAGCCCGGGAGACCAACAAACUCCCGUUGAUUGCCUAGUCCAACUAUUCUCUCAGCAGCAACUCCCUAGUCCGAAGCAAGUGGCUUCACGUAACCUCAAUUCCGGUGUAGACCUGAUGAAUCAGCUCAUUGAUUCAUAUUUCUCCGGAUUCCAAAUUAUCCAGCCCAUUGUUCACGCGCCGACUUGGACGAUUCAUGAAUGCCCAACGGUGCUGCUGGCGGCAAUGGUCUGCGUUGGAUCUGCGCUGUCGACUGAUCCGGGAUCUAGUGAGGUAUCGGAUGCCGUUGGUGAAUUCUGUGCCUCAAUGAUAACAUGGCUGGGAGUAUCGGAUAGUGCUAAUUACUCUAAUAUUUCCUAUUUGGCUGCAUUAUGCCUACACCAGAUAUAUUCGUUGGGAUCUGGGAACCGUCAUCUCUAUCAAAACGCAGACCGGACACGAGGCGUACUCAUUGGAAGCCUACGGGGAUUAGGACUGUUGAAUGCUCGACUCAACAUCCACGAUGAAUCUGCAGACAGUAAUAGAGCCGUGGUUGACCAGAAUAACCCUUACGCUGAGUGGAAAUCGUGGAUCACGAGAGAGAGAGACAAUCGGAUCGCUUGGGCAUCUUUCGAAUACGACUGUAGCCUGUGCACUUUGACCAAUCGUCGGGGAGCUGUGGACUUGAGUGAGCUUCCAGCGAGGUUGCCCUGUUCUGAGUCAUUAUGGGAAGCGCCAUCUGCACAUGCCUGGGCUGCUUUGAAGUUCCGAUGUCCACCCAAAGCCCAGGGAGCCAAGCUGUCUAGUGUCCUGAAAGCUGCCAUGGCUGGAAAACCAGUCGAUGAACAUGUUUCCAUGUGGGGAAGGAGAUUGUGCGGCCAAGUCAUUGGACGUCUGCUUUGGGAUUUGAAGCAGCUGGAGGCGUUGUCAACAACAGAUUACUUUGACUUGCCUUCACUGUUCAAAGCCCAUCAGCAGUCCAAGACUUCUCUCCUUCGGGGACUUGACUCUCUUCUCGAAUCUAUGGAACAGCCAUGCUCUACUUCUGACCUCGUCAGUUACAAGUAUGAUUCUUCCUCGUUUCCUUGCCACGACAACAAUUGCAACACCAGGGUAGCUGUGACUAACCAAAACUCUAGUAUCUCCUCCCUUUUGUGCCACUAUUCCCAUAUGUACGCUGCAGACGAUAUAAUGGAUAUAGUUCUCUACAUGGUGCGCAAAAUAGUGUCCCACGGACCAGAGAAGGAUAGAAGUGUCGCUGUCGCAAGACGCCGGCUCUCCGCGGCUAUGAAAGCAGAUAAAAAGCGAACAAGACGUCUCUUGUGGCACUCGGGCCAAAUCAUCGCCGUCGCCAAUGAGUUCUUGGUUUCUGCCCCUUGUGAAAUUAUGCGUCUCUUCAUGGCAUACAUCUUUGUCGUGGCAUACGUCAAAUACAGCCCGUCGUCAUUGAGAUCUAGAGACGGCGUCUACCUGAGACUGGAUAUUCACUCCCGCGACAUGGAGCAAAAGAAGGCAGUAAUGCAAUGGAUUCAGACUGGUGGACCCGUGCAAAUUGGCUCGGCGGAUGAUAUUUUCACAGAGGGAUCUGCUGCUCUUAUCACGAGAGACGCGCAGAGUAUAUUCCACCGACUGGGGUCUUGGGGACUCGCCGACAAGUUUGCAAAAAUACUGCAAAGCUUCGAGAAUCACAACGGAUGA